AUGGCCGACGUUAGCCCUGUUGCGGAGCUGCUUGGACAGGCCUUCUACCAUUUUGAUCGCCUAAGGCCACUUCUGCCAACCUAUGGACAUCUGCUGGUUUCCGCUCUUUUUCCUAUCUGGAUAGGCUCACAUGCGUCUUUGAGCCGGCCUUCAUCCGCAGCAAAAGCUAGCAAGAACCAUCUCUCGGAAGAUGCCGAUGACACGGACGAAGAAGAAGAGGGAACAGGCCCUUUGCAGAAAAUGGAGGGCCUUGGGCCUUCUGAUGCCCUUAUCUUCCCUCUGACUGCAGGCCUCACACUUGGCGGUCUCUAUAUGGUUAUCAAAUGGUUGGAAGAUCCCGCUAUCUUGAACAAGAUCCUCAGCUUCUACUUCUCUCAAAUGGGUCUCUUCUUUGCUUUUGCUUUCCUCAAGGAUGUGUUUUCGAUGACUCGGUCAUUUGCCUUCCCCAGGUAUUAUCGCCAAGGUGGUAAGCUGUGGAAAUCCAGACAGUCUGAGCGUCGGUUCAUCGCGCAUGAUAGUGAUCCUUCGACCAAGACACCUUCUGUUCGCCAUUCACCACUCCCUGGUAUCUGGGGCCGAGUCCCACUCCCGGCAUUCCUUCUAGGCUUACUCUGGAAAUGCAGAGCGGCUUUGUACCAACGACUUAAGGUACGGGCGCAUAUACGUGGUCUAUUUGACCUCAAGUGUCUCGUUGGCCUCCUGGAUGUCCUCAGUGCCGCUAUCGCCCUUUCGGUCGUCGGGUACUUCGCAUUCGUGGAUAAGCCAUGGUGGUUGACCAAUUUCCUUGGUUUCUGUUUCUGCUAUGGGACACUGCAAUUCAUGUCCCCCUCCACAUUCUGGACCGGCACUCUUAUUUUAUGCUCCUUGUUCUUCUACGACAUCUAUUUUGUGUUCUUUACACCUUUGAUGGUCACUGUUGCGACCAAGCUAGAUGUGCCCAUCAAGCUUCUUUUCCCUCGCCCGUCCAACUCUCGUGACGAACCAGGUGUGACGCCACUGGCAAUGCUCGGACUGGGUGAUAUCGUCAUUCCCGGAAUGAUGAUGGGACUGGCACUUCGAUUCGACCUGUUCCUUUACUAUCACCGCAAAGGCAUCCAAAAGGCCGAGGCUGAAAAGUCGGAUCAAGCCAGUGUCAAGCCUGAGUAUCAAUCGGCAACUGGUGCCUGGGGGGAAAGGUUUUGGGCACCUUCUACUAAGCCUCUUAACCAGGAACUUCAACCUCCGUAUUAUGAUGCCCGGAAAUUCCCAAAGACAUACUUCAAGGCUAGUGUCGUCGGCUACAUCCUUGGUAUGGUCACCACGCUUCUCGCAAUGCAAUACUCGAACCAUGCCCAACCAGCUCUUCUCUACCUGGUCCCAGGUGUUUUGACCUCACUUUGGGGUACUGCGCUCCUUCGAGGUGAAGUUCGCACAAUGUGGGAAUUUUCCGACGGCGAGGAGGUAGAAAACGAAGAGGAGAAGAAGGAGAAGAAGGACGAUGAUAAGCAAGAAGACGAUGGGAAUGAAACCAAGGACAAGUCUGAUGACAAAAAGAGCUUUUGGUCGAGCCUUUUCUCCGGUGAAAACAAGCGCCCAUCGAACAGCGAAGAGACAUCCGAGACCAAGAAGGCCGAUCAGGAUAAGGGCAAUGACUCCAAGUCCAGCUCGAAGUCUUCCAAGGAAGACACAAUCUGCUCCAAGACAAGGAAUGUCGCAAAAAGCGACAGUGACUUGGACCUUGUAUCCUUUUCUGUGUCGAUCCCCGGCAAAACCAAGAAUAGUUCCACAGCCAAAUCUGGCGACAUCGCCGCGGGCUCUUCCGAAGAAGACGAACAAGCGAUUCUCGUCUCCAGGGAUGUCAAUGGGGAUGAUGAACCACCAUUGAAGAGAAGACGGCGAGGCAUGACGAACAAAUGA